UGCGGCCCCCCCAGCCCCGCCAGCCUGAGCGCUCGGAGGUAGAGAGGAAAGGUCUGGACAGGGUGGCUGGACCAGUGGCAGACUCAAAUCCAGGCCAACUGUAUGACUGUCUGAGGUGUUGGAACAGAAGGAAGUCCAUUCCCGUUGGUGACAACACUGUGGCCCUGUUCUGGGAUGACCGAGGUAUAAAGGUGACCCCCAAGAAAGAGCAGCUGAGUCCUUGCAUCUUGUGGCAACUGGUGUGCCCAGCACUGAGUCUGUGGGAGCUGAAGGCAGCCUGGCCCCUUCUCAUGGGCAGUGCCUACCUGUGCUGAGGUCCUGCAGCCGUGGCAGUAAGAGGAGCUGUGCAAUCAAUUGUCACUGAAAAUGUCUGACAGUCUGGAUAAUGAAGAGAAACCCCCAGCUCCCCCGCUGAGGAUGAACAGUAACAACCGAGAUUCUUCAGCACUCAACCACAGCUCCAAACCACUUCCCAUGGCCCCGGAAGAGAAGAAUAAGAAAGCCAGGCUUCGCUCUAUCUUCCCAGGAGGAGGGGAUAAAACCAAUAAGAAGAAGGAGAAAGAACGCCCAGAGAUCUCUCUUCCUUCAGACUUUGAACAUACGAUUCAUGUGGGGUUUGACGCUGUCACCGGGGAGUUCACUAACUCCCCCUUCCAGACCUCUAGACCUGUGACGGUCGCUUCCAGUGAAUCAGAGGGAAAAAUGCCAGAUCUCUAUGGCUCACAGAUGUGCCCAGGGAAGCUCCCAGAGGGAAUCCCUGAGCAGUGGGCACGGUUACUCCAAACCUCCAACAUAACAAAACUGGAACAGAAGAAGAACCCACAAGCCGUCCUGGAUGUUCUCAAAUUCUACGAUUCCAAAGAAACGGUCAACAACCAGAAAUACAUGAGCUUUACAUCGGGAGAUAAAAGCGCACAUGGAUACAUAGCAGCCCAUCCCUCGAGUACAAAAACAGCAUCAGAGCCUCCUUUGGCUCCUCCAGUGUCUGAAGAAGAAGAUGAAGAAGAGGAAGAAGAAGAAGACGACAACGAGCCCCCACCAGUUAUUGCACCGAGACCCGAGCAUACAAAAUCAAUCUACACUCGUUCUGUGCUGGAAUCCAUUGCUUCACCAGCAGCACCAAAUAAAGAGGUCACACCACCUUCUGCUGAGAACGCCAACUCCAGUACUUUGUACAGAAACACGGAUCGGCAAAGGAAAAAAUCUAAGAUGACAGAUGAGGAGAUCCUAGAGAAGCUAAGAAGCAUUGUGAGUGUUGGUGACCCAAAGAAAAAAUACACAAGAUUUGAAAAAAUAGGUCAAGGGGCAUCAGGUACGGUGUACACAGCGCUGGACAUUGCCACUGGACAAGAGGUGGCCAUAAAGCAGAUGAACCUUCAACAGCAGCCCAAAAAGGAAUUAAUUAUUAAUGAAAUUCUGGUCAUGAGGGAAAAUAAGAACCCCAAUAUUGUUAAUUAUUUAGAUAGCUACUUAGUGGGUGAUGAACUAUGGGUAGUCAUGGAGUACUUGGCUGGUGGCUCUCUGACUGAUGUGGUCACAGAGACCUGUAUGGAUGAAGGCCAGAUAGCAGCUGUCUGCAGAGAGUGCCUCCAAGCGCUGGACUUUUUACACUCAAACCAAGUGAUCCACAGAGACAUAAAGAGUGACAAUAUUCUUCUUGGGAUGGAUGGCUCUGUUAAAUUGACUGAUUUUGGGUUCUGUGCCCAGAUCACCCCUGAACAAAGUAAACGGAGCACUAUGGUGGGAACUCCAUACUGGAUGGCACCUGAGGUUGUAACUCGAAAAGCUUAUGGUCCGAAAGUUGAUAUCUGGUCUCUGGGGAUUAUGGCAAUUGAAAUGGUGGAAGGUGAACCCCCUUACCUUAAUGAAAAUCCACUCAGGGCAUUAUAUCUGAUAGCCACUAAUGGAACCCCAGAGCUCCAGAAUCCCGAGAGACUGUCAGCUGUGUUCCGUGACUUUUUAAAUCGUUGUCUUGAGAUGGAUGUGGACAGGCGAGGAUCUGCCAAGGAGCUUUUGCAGCAUCCGUUUUUAAAAUUAGCCAAGCCUCUCUCCAGCCUGACUCCUCUGAUUAUCGCUGCAAAAGAAGCAAUUAAGAACAGCAGCCGCUAGGACUGAGAGCCUUACCCCACACCAUCUCCCUCCUGAGUAAGACUGAACUGAAACUCUGCUGCAGGAAAAGAUGGAAGAAAAGACAGUCAACUGGGGUCGGGGGCGGGGAUCUUUAACUUUCAAAUGAAUAGAAACUUCUUAUAACCCUUUUUCCUACUCCCUCAGAUUAUGUAAUUUAUUUGUAAGCCUGAAUCGCAGCCCGAUCAGGGCAGCAAUGUCGAAGUGGCCGUCAAGUGGUCCCUUCUACCGUGAAGCGAAAGAGCCAGUAGUGAAUCCCCUCAUUUUGUGCAUUCACUUUGAAGAAAAAAAGGGUUUCUCAAAGAUGCACACUCCCUCUUCAUAGUGUUGUGUUCGUUUUUAAGUUAGAGAGUAGUCCCUCUUGCAUUCGAACUUCCUUCAAAACUCCUUACCUAAUGUGAUGUUUUUCACUUGCAUUGUCAUUAGAUGUUCAGAAAAAAAAGAUGUCAAAACUUUUUUUUUAAAAAGAAAGCAAAAAACAAAAAGCAAAAACAAAACCAAAAAAACACAAAAAACAAAAUGAAACAAACAAACAAAAAAUACCCCAGAGCAAGUACUGUGUGAACAUGUGGAAGUCCAUGCCCCUAAUAGAGUUGCAAUUUUUUAUUCUUCUUCUAUAGUGGUGGCUUGGUGUGUGUACCUGCUUUUCUGCAUUUGUAUUGGAAAAGGUUUCUUUUCAGGCAUUUUUCCAAAAGCAGAGAGGAAUAUGUAUGUUCAGGAAGGGCUUUUAAAAACUGUCCACCCAAAAAAUGCUCAAAUGGUGAGAUCCUGUCACAUUUUCACGACGAUGCUUAAGAGAUAGUUGACGUAUCAUUUCUAUAAACCAGCUUGUUCAUCUUUGUGAUGCCUGACAAAGGACACACUGAAACUUAAUGGCCCUCCUAUUGGGUGAGUCCAGGUCCUCAACCUGGGAAACCCUGAUAGGAGAAACCAUUCUUAAAGCUGGGACUUUCUCUGGGAACUAAAAGGAAUGCAAGAGGAGUGUGCAAUAUUGAGAUCUUUGUUGGACAGAAGGAAACAAAAAUCAAGAGACCUAAUUUAGUCCUCUCUUGUGCUUGUGGGACAUAGGCAUUGUCAAAUAGGCACAUUAGGAAGACAUAGACCCAUUAGCCAACAUUUGCUUAUGAUCAGAAUCAUGUGACAUGUUAUAACAUUUUUUAAAUAUCUUGAAAGACCUGGAGAACAGAGAUUUUUAAGUAUUCGGCCCUGUCAGGAAUGAGAGGUCUGUGAAAACUACAUCCCAGUCAACAUUUGGCUCCAAGUAUUUGCUCCCAUUUUCCCUCUGUCUCACUGAUUUCUGUUUCAGGAUAUAGCAUGGUCAGCCAUCAUCCUCUGAGCUUUUGAAUUUCAAAAACAUGUUCAGACAGAUCUGGAAAUUCUCCAGUAAAAAAUAAUUAGGGUUUGUACUCAUAGAUCUCAAGAAGUAGCAGUCCAACCAUGCAUCUACUUAUUAAAAAUCUAAUGGUUGGCACUUCCUGAAUCUUCUGAGAGCAGAAAAAUAUCUGGAGGGUGGCUGCAUAGAAAAAGGAUAAGCUUCUCUUUAAAUGUAUUUUCACUUUUGUAAAUUCUGCAAAGUAGCCUCUCUAAGCCUUGGGAGAAGCUGACAGUUGAUGCGAUAGAAGGCUUCUUGAUUUGUAACAUACGAGAAUCUGAAUAAGAACAUAUCUACAUUCAGCAAGAGAGAGAAAGAGAUCAAUGGACUUGGCCUCUCUUCUUCUCUGCUAAGGUACAUCUGUCCAUCUAACCAUCCAUCCAUUCCUUAAAAUGCAAGCAGUUUCUUUAAGGAGUUUCUGCUAACCAUAUAGUACACGUGUUUAUGUUUAGGAAAUGGCACCACUAGUGGAUUUCCUAUUUUCCUUUUUUUUUUUUUGAUGAUAAAAGUUGAGAGGAACUUAACCCCCCCCUCAGAAAACAUCCACAGUGAAGGAAAACAAAUGGGAAAAAAAAUUAAAUGGCAACAUUCAUUUGAAGCAUGCUGUGUUCUACUUUGCAAAAAGGUAGUUGGGCCUGAAAUUUUUAAUGCCACACUGUUCUAAUUAGAGAGAGAGAGAGAGAGAGAGAGGCCUUAGUUUUUAUUUCAUUUAAAGUUAAAUAUUUUUUUAAUGUUUCAUUCAUAGUGCCAGGGAAUUCGAUGAAAUAAUACCUGGGGUGUGAAUAGAAUUCAGUACACUAACUCCACCUUGCCAGUGGAGAUAACCACAAAGCUAGUCAGGAGAACCUAGUUUUUGAUUAGUGACCCUUUUUGGCAGGGAGAGACCUGGAGCAGUGUUCCAGAAAAAUGGUUGCUCUUUGAUGCCUUCAGUUUUGCAUAUUAACAAUGAGGAGCCAGAGACUUCUUCACCAUACCCCCAUUGUACCAAGAUUCUAUGGUAAUAUAGUGCAGUAGGAUUUAUCCUUACAGAUUUGUAUCUAUGUAAUUUUUAAAUGAGAACAGCUUCUAAAGCCCCUCCCCCAUGUUGGAGAGUUUUGUAUAUUUCUAAUAAGUAUUAGUGAGAAGCUGUUUCUCCUGCCAAAAUGGUGGUGAAGGAUUCAUAUUGGGUACACUUGAACAACUUAGACUCCAGGUGGUUAAUCGUUUAUUCCCUUUCUCUGGAUUUUUUUUAAGCUCAUCUUGACACAGAUGAGUCUCUCCAGAUCUUUAAAGUUGCGAGAGUGCAGAGAUAAUGAGGGCACUUUGUGGAGUGUUGAUUCCAAAAUGUCCUGAGAUAGGGAUAGGGCAGUGGGAAAGUCAGGGAAGGGUGAGAAGCACAGUAGAGAUUAUUUAUUUAAGAAAGAACAUUCAUGUUGUAGCAAGGAUCCGGUACGUUGUCAUAAUCCCACAAGGAUUUUUUGGAUGACACAAUCCCCUCAAAUCAGUCACCAUGCUGGGUAAUGACUUCGUUCUUGCUGAUCUCGUCUAUGUGUCAUUGUAAAUAUUUGUGUGUCCAUGUUCCGUUUUGGCUACUGGUUGGCCAAGUCAUGUAAGAAGAUUUAACUCAAGUAUUUAUUCUUUAAUUGUGUUACUCAGAUUUCUUCAGGCUUGUGGAUUGCACCCCCAAUGUUGAGUUUAACCACCUGAUCCCCCACAUCUAUCCCUCCCCUAUGAAGCACAUUCCAUUGUUAAAAGAAAAAGAAAUAUGAAAUUGCUUCCUGUCUUCUGUAUAACUGUUUUUGAUAGUUUGAGAUGUUUGUCUAUAAAGGUUAUUUCUCAGCUCAAAGAUCGUGUAAAUAACUAUAUUCCUUUGCUCAGUGGGUUAUUUCUAAUGAGGCUGCCAGUUCUCAGAAUCUAUCAGAUCACUUUUAAAUAACAUAAACAGGGAUUACAACUUUGUCAAACUAAGUGCGCAUAACAGACAAAGACUGGGAACACAGGUUGUUGAAAUCAGUUGUGUUAGGGUGGUGGAAUUAUGCAAAAACAUUUUUUUUCCUUUUAAAAUUUCAUUUGGUGUUGUUAUCAUAUUGCUUUAUAAUAAAUAAACAGCAGAAAGGGAGCUAUAGAGACAUAGAGAAGACGCCAGAAGCAGAUGUCUUCUGGCCAGAGCCCAGAGCAUGCAGGGCACAGAUAUUUGCUAGUUACAAUUAAUUCCAUAGCCUUCAUAUUUGCCUGGGUGCUGAGGUUGGCACACACUCAGGUAUGGCACAUGCUUUCUUAGGGGACUCUUAUCUCUAAGUGGAACCUAGGGAGAUGUUGCUUUUUGAACUCCCGACACAUCCUUCUGCUUUAAAAGUGGCCGCCUUUCACUUGGGCGUGGCAAGGAGGUUUCUGUUUAGGUUACUGUAGAUUGGGUGGGAUGACAUUUUAUUCACCCCCUUGAAAACAUCUGGUUCGGGCAUCCCCCCUCUGGCUCAUGUUAGCAGAUUUUCAGGUUGAAUUUUAGAAGCAGAGAAGGAUGAAUCCCCUAGCUCCCACCAUGUCCUUGUCUUGUAUCAUUCAGGUAGGGUUCUCCUGUUAGUGACCAGUGGGCAAGUCCCUUUGAUUUCAAUAGAAGUUAUGACUUUCAAUUAAAAGCUAACUGUGAAAACAUGAAGACAAAUAUUUAGAGCCACCUUUGUCUGUUGGGCUUCAGUUCCUGUUAGCUUUGGCCGGAGAUGGCCUCCAUGUGCUUUUCAUGUUACCUGAUUUAUAGGUUGUGAGCAGUGACUACUGUCGUUUUUAAAGAGCAAGAGGGAGACCAUCUAUCCCAAGAGAGGAAUUUUUCUCUAACUCACCAAAGUAAUUGUAGGUGAUGAGUUUUAUAAUGAGAUAGCGGUCUCAGAUGUUACUCACUUUCCCCAAGAGCCGACUUUAUACCUGGAGAACCCACUUUUCAUUGACCAUCCUCAACAUAAAAAUGCUUCCAGGAGUUCCGAUCCCUGCCUUCCCCAGUCAAAUCUUCAUGGUCCUUUUCUGAGCUACUUGCAGUUGAUAUUCAGGUAUACACAGGCAUGGCCAGUGAUACAAGCUUCUCCCAGUCUCUGAGCAAGAGCAAGAGGACUGAAACUCAGCAUUUGUAAAUGGAUGAUCUAAUAGGCCUGGGAUUUCAAGUGAACUUAACACGCAAUUCUGAACCUAUAUUUGCAUGUGGCCUGGGGAGGAAAGACAUGGUACCUGGGAAGAAAUGGAAAUAUUUUUCCUAAGAAAGAAUUUUUCGUAAGAGAUUUGGUUCCAAUAUAAUCUUUUCUGUUGGUUAGCUUUAAUUGUCUCACUCCUUUUCUGACCCUUUACUGACCAAAUGAAUAUUACCCAACUCCUCAUGCAUUGGGAUGUCUGCUUGAUACUACACAAUAUCUCACUGAAUCUGCAAAUGCGGGAAUGUAGCUAGCAUCUCCAUGUGCAUACUUCCAUGUGCAAGCCUACGUUACAAGUAGCAUUUCCUGCCAUGUAAUACAGUCAGACUUGCAGGAUAAACUGAUAGAAACUGGUUAGUGCUCUCAGAGUUUCCUUGGAAGCUGCCAUCAGGUGACUGCAACCAACAGUGAGGGAGGUACCGUGUUCACGCGGUUUAGUACCUAAGAGGAAAUCAACAAUUAUAAAGAAGCUGGCAGACAAGUGGAAGGAGUAUGAGACUAGGAACAAGAAGACCUGGAUUCUAAUAUAGGGUCUGUUGCUCACUUUUUUUUUUUUACAUUAAAACACUUUUCUCAAUUUAUUUCCACACAUGGAUACAUUGUCUUGCUAAAACAUAUGAUACUCAGUGGUAGACAUCAUGACACUUCAUCCUUCAAUCUUCCUUCAACAAAUAUUUGAGAAUUCAAGGAAUGUUCUCUAUAUAACCACAAUACUAUUACUAUACCUAAGAAAAUUAAUAAAAAUUUCAUAAUAACUUUCAAUGUCUGAUACAUAUUGAAAUUAUCCUAAUUGCCUCCAAAAUGUCAUGGAUAGCUGUUUUUCUGAACCAGAACUCUACUAAAAUUGACACUGAGUUUGUUUGUAAUGUCACUUCCAUUUCUUUUCUUAAGUAAUGAAAUAUAUUUAUAUGUUUAUUUAAUUUUAUUAUUUAAUUUUUUUUGCUCACUUUUCAUAGCUGUUCCUUCAUCUGUAAAAUAAGGGUAUUGGGCCAGAUGACAUUUGAGGUCUUUCCACAAGUUCUAUCCUUUUCUGGUACCGAAGCUUGCCUUGCAAAUCCAGCCUGCUAUAGUGAUGGAUGGCAAAUACCGCAUGCUUAAGCCUGGGUUUCUUGUGUUGCCGCUAAAUAAUAGAAAUAUGUAAGAUGAUGAGGGGGGUGGAAAUAACCCUCAAGUAAAUGAACAUAACACUAGGGAAUGUUGAUAAAACUUGUGGCAGCCUUCCCAAUCCUCACAGUUGUUUUGUUUUGUUGUUGUUUUAAUGUCUUUUUUCUGUGGUGUGUUCCCAGUUUCUAUUUUCCAUAUGCUCUGUAUGUAGUCUGGUUUUCAUUAAGCUGUGGCCAGUAUUUGCUACUAGAACAGAAAUACACCGUCACACUUGCUAGAACGAAACUAUGUUUGGGCCUCUCUUUUCCUAUGAAGUGAUGCUGGGCUUUGUAGACUUUACUUUGUAAAUGGCACAAGAUGGCAGAACCCAUGCAUUUAAACGGCUGGGACUAUUGAGAGUGGACAUAAGCACUUGCAGGUUGCAGAGAAAGAAAUGAAAAUAGAAGUGCAUGUUAUUAGCACUGAGGAGUGUUGACAAAUCCACUUGUUGGGAACCAAAGAUAGCGUUUCUGAUGACAACUCCCAUGGUGAUCAGCCAGUUGUAGGACUACAAUGCUGGAGAGAGGGUACACUGGAAGUCAGUUAGUCCCAAUGCCAUGCCUGCUAGCAGAGUGCCAACCAGCCCUGAGUGCGAAAUUCAAGUUCAGUGUGUGUGCUUGUGUGUGGUGUGCUUUAUGGACCCGCAUAUACUAUAUUCAUUAGUGAUGAUAAGACCUUUCACAGAAUCCUAUAACCAUUAGUGUGGGUUGAGUUUUAAAUCUCGGGGCAUCAGCUGGGAGGAGUCUGAUCACAGGGAACUGAUGUCUACUGGGAUUAUAUUCAUGAUAUCCAGACAAAACAAGUUGAGGAGGAUCUAUAUUUUCAUUUUUUAUCAGAGUUGUAUCUCAUUUGGUUGUGUAUUACUUUUGUUCAAAUGUGUUCCCUGUAAACCCAUGUGUAGUGAAAUUCUUCUGUAACUUUGAAUUAAAGGUAUUUAUGGUCUUUUUGUUUGUUUGAUUUUUUUCGAUAAGUUAUUUCUUUUGUAGACCUGCUGAUGGUGUGGUCCCAUCCUUCUGACCUCAGCUUCUGACUUUUUUUAAGGACUUUUGUUUCCAAUAUCGUUAUUUUAAAUUGUGGUUGAAGCAAUAGAAAAUUGAAAUAUGGAUUGUGCAUGACUGUGUCUUGAGUGUAAAAAUAUUGCAGUUUGAAACUUGGACCUAAAGUAUUGCAAAUAAAAAUGACAAACAUCAACAAA